GCGACUGGUUGGGGGGUAGGGGGAGAUGCUCUGGUCAGUCAACCUCGCGCGCUCGCCGUGAGAAGCUACAUGCCGGAGAAUCUGGAGCUUUUUGAGCAUUGUGUUCUUAUUUUCCGUGAUUAUCGUGAAGUGAACCAGUUGUUUUAAAUCAGGAGGUGAAAAGUGCAGAUGUAAAUACUGUCAGGUGUUCACCAUGCAGUGUUGUGAAAACAGACAAAUAAUAGUAACCUGUGUCCAGUUAUUGUUUACGUAAGACUUGUUUUAUUAGCAAGGACAGUUUUAUGGUUAUGAAAUUGAGUGAUAUUAGCACAAAGAAAAAUGCCCUAAGAUAUUGAAAGCUUUGAAAGAGACUACCUGUGAACGAUGGAUCUUAGUGUGAGCCUACCUGUAGGUGACAUGAGAAGAGGGGAUGAGGAAGAAGAGGAGGGCAGUCAGGAAAGUGCCCCUGUUAAUAAUGGUUCAUUAACAUCUGAUGAAGCUACAGCUGAAGAGGAGAAUCAGGAAGCAAGAACUGACGAUGUACCCACCUCAACAGCAUCCAACAAUGUUAUGGAUUUAUCCAGUAGUCAACCUGCUACCAAUAAGAGAGCAAGGGAAGGUGAAGAGGAAUCUGAAAUAUCAGGUGAAAGCGAAGCGCCACCUACAUCUCGACCAAGGUUAGAAGCAGAAAUCCAGAAUAAUACUCAUGAAAAUCAUGAGUCAGAAUCAAAUGAAACGCCAAAAGUCAAUGGGGUGGUCGUGUCCAACGGUUAUGACUCGGACAACGGAGUCAGCGAAGGAAAUGACAAUGAUGACGAAAUGCCGCCAAUAGCCCCCAUAAAGGAGCUGAGCCCGGAGCAACUAGCAGAGAAGAUGAAGCUGGUGCGUCAACUACAGGUAGAGCUUCGCAAUGAGGAGAUGAAGCUGGUACUCCUCAAGAAGGUCAGGCAGUCCCAGAUAAUGAAGGAGAACGUCAGUGGAACAGCCAAUGAUGCAAAGGCCGCUCUCACUAAACUCCCAUCCAAUACUACUGCUACUAAGUUGCCACCUUCUCAUCCUCCACCACUCAUUAAGCCAGAUUUGAGUGCAAAGGCAUCACUGUCGGCAAUUCCUCCUCACAUUAAAGCAUCACGAGAGUACAAGCAGCAAGUGAAGAUAAUGGCAGCAGCAUCAUCAUCAUCUGCAUCUGCUGAUGCACUAUCAGACAGUGCUCUUCAGGCUAAAAGACAUCUUUUGGCUAGGGGAACAACCUUGACCAGCACUGGUGGAAAUAAUGGUUCUAGCAGUAGCAGCAAAUCCAGUUCCGGCAUGAACAGUUCAUCGUCUAAUUUAUUAUCAGGGCUUCCGGCCAAUUUAAACCUCCCAUUCAACUUGUCAAAAGAGGUUGAGAUAAUCCGAAAGGAUUCCCCUGCUUCGUCGUCAUCUCCUGGACCAGGUCCACGGGACUCUCCCUCCCAGGUGUCCAUCUCCAAGGUGCGGACGUCUACCCCUCAUCCCACACAUCCAUCAGUCGACCGUGCUCUCAUAAAGCCGGUGAGUAGUAACAGCAGCAGUAGCAGUAGCAGCAGCAGUAGCAGUAACAACAGUGUUGGAAGCAUGGCCAGAUUGGAGGAGACUCAUACCCCUGCUCAACGCCAAGCAGCAGCCCGUUUAGCCCUACGUAAACAGUUGGAAAAAACACUGCUUAGGAUACCACCACCCAAGCCUCCCCCACCAGAGAUGAACUUCAUUCCUAACCCAAACAACACAGAGUUCAUAUAUUUGUUGGGAUUAGAGCAGUGCGUGGAGCACAUACUCCUACAUGGCAAGAUGACAGAUUUGCAUCCUACGCCAUUUAUAUGUACACAAUGUGGAACAGAUUUCACUCCCUCUUGGAAAUGGGAUAAAGCUGCUCUCAAAGCUAGUAAAGUUAAAACAGAAAAAGAUAAGGAUGAAGGAGUUAAAGUUGUAUGUGAGUUGUGCGUUACAACUAACAUUAAAAGUCUCCUAAAGCAAGAACAUACAAAUAGGCUGAAAGCAGCCUUUGUAAAGGCUCUUCAGCAAGAGCAAGAAAUCGAAGCCCGGAUGGCACAGGCAUCCCCACAACCAGAUAUUUCAAGUGCAUCAGUAUCAGUUGCUUCAGUACCAUCUCCUUCUUCCCGGCUACCACCUAGUGUAUCUGUUACAGCAGUCAAGUCUGAUUAUGGUCACGGUUCAAGAGGAUCAAGUCACCGCUCGUCACCUUCAGUUGCAGCUCAGUUGCAACUACAGAGGGAAACUCAGUUACAGAGAGAGAAGGAAAGAAGAGAGCGUGAACGUGAGAAGGAGCGUGAGCGUGAAAAGGAAAGAGAAAGAGAAAGGGAGCGGGAGAGAGAAAGGGAGAGGGAACGUGAGAGAGAAAGAGAGAGGGAGCGGGAGCGUGAACGAGAACGUGAAAGGGAGAGGGAGAAAGAGAGACAGCAGAGAGAGCAAAGGGAACGUGAACAACGUGAAAGGGAGCAAAGAGAAAAGGAAAUGUUCCUACCACCAGGUCUCAGUAAGCAACAAAAGGAGCAGUACAUGCAGAGCAUGACUGCCGCAGCAGCUAUGGCUGCUGCAAUGACAAACCCCGCUGCCAUUCAACAGCUUCAGGCUGCUCAACAGCAGCUGAUGAGAAUGCAGGGAAUGGGUGCUGCAGCUGCAGCAGCUGUUGCAGCUCAACAAAUGCCAGCUCAUAUGCUGAAUCCCUUCCUACUAGGGCCGUAUAAUCCAUUUGGAAUGGGUCAAUUGCAGCAGUUGAUGGCUGCAUCUGCUGCUCAGUUAGGGGCUGUCCCACCUCCUACAUCAUGCCCUUCAACAUCUAGUUCUAGCAGUAGUAGUAGCAGUAGCAGUAAAAGUUUAGCGCAACAGCAGCAAGAGUUGAUGCGUCAAGCAGCAGAGGUACACCGUCAGUACCUCUUGGAUAUGAUCCCAUCAGGUGGCCUACACAGCCAGCAGUCUCACUCCAAGUGGAAAAGCUGAUGGGAAGGCAGCUGGCCAGCCUCCUCCUAGCCAUCAUCUCCUCCCCACCCAGCCUCUGCCAGCAUUGUUGCUGAUAUAGGUUUUAGUGCUUUUGCUGGCAGACGGUGGGACAAAGGACCCUCAGUGACGGUGACUCUGUGUUCAGCUUAGCUAUGGCUCCACCGCCCAUCUGCUAAUGAUGUGCCGUGACACACUGAAAGAAAGUUGUGCCUCGGCCGCAGCUGGGCUACGCUGCACCUGGGGUUCCUAGUCACAUAAAUUAAGGGAAGCUCUCUGUGAUGUGACCAGCAGGCAAGGCGUACUGUUGGUUGUGGCUAAUCCUUAACCAGCCAGGGUGGUUGUCUGGUAGUGAUGUCUGGUUGAAGCCCUUCAGUGACAAUUGGUCACAGUAACCUCUGAAGUACUGGAGAGUGUUUUACUCAUGAAAUGAGAAGACAACUGUAUAAACCAAGACAUGAAGGAGGUAGCCUCGCUCCUGGACUACUGGCAAAAAAAAAUUUAAAAAAAUAAAAAAAAAAAUUGAUAGUUAUCAGACUGAAAAGCAAGGCGCACUUCCACAGUGGACUACAGUGUUGUACUGUAGAAUUACCAUAUUUGACCACAACUAAUUUAUUUUUUAUUUCUUUGUGAUGGUGCAAGGGAAUAUCACCUCCAUUAAGCUGCAUUGGUAGUGUAGAGGAGGAUCUGAAGUACUCGUGGAGACGCUACAGUGUUUGGUUCUUGCUCCUUGUGUGUCCUGGCUACAUUUUAUCGUGUAUGGUUUAGUUUCUUCCCUCAAUUGGUUUUUUCCUCUCUGUCUCUCUCUCCAUUAGAAUAAUAUUGUGGAGUCUUUAUUCUUUUGAGAAAGCACAAGGGUGGGCAGAAUCGCACAAAACCACCAGAUUGCUGCUCCUCAUUCAGUCCUCAUUACUGAGCAGUGACCAUGCAUUGAUAGUUAAAUUUCGACUGUUGUCUGUGUGACUAGGCGAGGCUUAGUCAGGAACCGGGCUCCCCUCUCAAAGUAGAAUUCUUGGAAUAUAGUUACCUUUUUCUAUACAAUAGUACAGUACUGUUAUGCCUAUAAAUGCCAGUAGGAAAGGAGAAUACGUACCAGAUUAUUCAAAUUGUCUCCUUUUUUUUAUUAUGAGAUGAUUUGUCAUAUAGCUAACAUUGUACAAAGCCCAUUGGAUGUCUUUAUCCAGUUGUAUUUAAUAUUUUUUAUUGAAUGUUACAAGAGUAGAAACCAUUCAAAGAUUUCUCCCUGUAUUAUAAAAUUUGGGAAAAUUUCUUUUCUCUUUACUUUUAUAUAUAUUUUUUUUAAUUUUAUUUUUUCUCCUUGUAGAUGAGGGGUUAUAUGUUUGGUCUUUGAGGGCCCUGGUUUCUGGCCUCGCCAUUACCCAGGAGAUAUUCAUUAAUUUCAUCACUCGAUUUUUUCAUAGCCAUGGCUGAGUUUCAUGUAGGAUAGUGUUUUCACUUCAUAAGAAAAUAGGGCCUUUUUCAAUAAAGAGAUCUGAAAGUC